AUGGCAGCUUUUUCUUCUUAUAACCCUGAAAAGGUCCGUUUGCACGUGGUUGCAGUCAAGGCAUCGGCUCUCGGCGCCGUUCUUGCGGUGUGCAUCGUCACGCUUGCACUUCUGACGUCAUGGAAUUCCGCAUGGGCACGCGUGGGCUUCUUUACCAUGAGCCAGUGCGUGUUUCAUUUGCUCGAGUUUUUCAUCACUGCCAUCUACAACACCGAGGAGGUUGACGACGACUCCUUCAUAUUGGGCGACCGCCAGCUCCACCAUGUGUUUGUGGCAGCUGUGGCGGAAAGCAUGCUCAAACUGCGGUUUGUUGCUCACAGCGACUGGUACUUGUAUGCUGGUUUGGUGCUUACGGCUCUAGGCCAGAUCGGUCGGUCGCUUGCCAUGUAUACAGCAGGCGUCUCUUUCAACCACCACAUCCAGCAGGAACACGCAUCCAAACACACACUAGUCACGCGAGGCAUAUACAAGUAUUCUCGGCACCCCAGCUACUUUGCGUAUUUCUGGUGGUUUGUGGGCACGCAGCUCAUUCUCCAGAACUGGGUGGUGGCUCUUUUGGGUGCUAUCAAGCUCCAGCUGUUCUUCCGGAUACGCAUUGAGUACGAGGAGAAGUUUUUGGUGGACUUUUUUGGCGAGCAGUAUGUACAAUAUAGGGCAUGCACACCGGUGGGGAUCCCGUUCAUCAAAUAG